CUGAAAAAUUACUCUCCUAUUUCGUUAUACAAUCUAUCAAUGCUAAUUUAAACUGAGCAGAAUUUAUUCGAGAAAAACAUUUUGCCACAAUUUUAUAUCACAUUUGUGUUUUCUCUGGUAUAGGGAGAUAUCAUGAGCAGCACUAGUGCACUUCACAGACUUCACUCGUGGCUCUUGCCGUGUUGACGUCGGCGUCGUACUACACAACGGUUUCUCCCGUUUGUGUCGCGAGAAUUGAGGAGAAUUGCGAGGAAAUUAAAGGCGAGAUGUAUGCAAACACACGCGUGUCGCCGCGAGUAUUCACGGCGAUACAGAAUGUCGACAUUAUGGAGCUGUCGUUGUGCUCGCACAAGGAGAUCAGGCCCAUCUUGCCGUGUUUGGUUAGGAUGAGCCUCAUCUCGCCGUUGGACAUAACGAAGGAGUGCGUGGAGGGUAGAAAGCAAGUGUUGACAAUAUUAUCCGGCAUCGAAUCCGUCAAUUCUAUUAUCGCUCUGUUGUCUAUCGAUUUCCACGCCCUCGAGAUUGACGUGCGACAGGAGCAGCAGUUGAGACAAAAGCUCGGCAGCGUACAACGGGACAGCGUGCUGGCGCAGUCUCUGCAGAGCGGCUUGGCGCUAGAGUUUGAGCGCAGCGAGUCCAUUCGUAGGAUUAGGCUGGUACUGAGUGAAAUCCUGUUCAUAGCGUCUCAAAUACAAGAAUUGCAAAAGAAUCAGGAGUUCCAGAUCAGGCAGUCCGAUCUGUUUGACAAUGCAGUCUACAUGGAGGAGAUAAGUUACGUGAUCUGCAUUGCUCUCGCUGAACUUCCAACGUUACUCUCCCUCUUGGACAUCGUGGAGACCCUUUUGCACGUCAAGCACGGUUCCAAUAUUAUCUGUUGGAUUGUCGCCAAUAGUCCGGACAGUUUUUCAGAGGUAUGCGCACAUCUGAUCGCUAACGGGGAACGACAGGAGGAGUCCGCGUUGGGCAGGAUCAGGACACAGGCGAUCACGAUGCUGUGUCAAAUGAAUCCGAGCCAAGCAUUGGCGAUCAGGGCCAAGUGCGUGGAACUGUGCCGGAUGCCCGCUCUGGCUAUCACUCUGAGCCUAGAACAUGAAAACGCAAACAGCUCGCAGCCCGAGAGCGACGUGGUCGCAUUUGUGUCCGGCUUGCUGCUUGGCAGCGAUCAGCAAGUACGCUCGUGGAUCGCUAUGUUUAUCAGGAACGGACAGAAGCGUAAGUGGGAGUCGCAGACGGCUCUGCAGUUGCUGCGGGAGGAGCUGCUCAAGCGACUACAGACGAUCGCGUCACAGAGUACGGACAGUCAGUUGGCGGAGUCGCAGGUCGUGCAGGCGAGCGCAUUGCUCAGGCUCUAUUGCGCUCUGCGAGGUAUCGGCGGUAUUAAGUUUCAGGACGACGAGGUUGCGAUGAUCGUUCAGCUUUUGACGUCACAUCCGCCACCGUCGCCGGCCGGCGUCAGAUUCGUGUCCCUCGGCUUGUGCAUGCUGAUAGCGUGUCCUUCUCUGAUCGGACAUCACAAUCUCGAGAAGCGCAGCAUCGAGUGGGUGCAAUGGUUGGUACGGGAGGAAGCCUACUUCGAGAGCGCGAGCGGCGUUACUGCCAGUUUCGGCGAGAUGCUACUGCUGAUGGCGAUACACUUCCACAGCAAUCAGUUGUCGGCGAUCUGUGAGCUGGUUUGUGCCACGCUCGGCAUGAAGAUACCUAUCAGGCCUAAUAAUCUCACACGUAUCAAACAAAUCUUUAUGCAAGAGAUCUUCACGGAACAGGUAGUCACUGCUCAUGCUGUCAAGGUGCCGGUCACGGCGAACCUGAACGCCAAUAUCCCCGGCUUUCUACCAGUGCACUGCAUUCAUCAGUUGCUGAAGUCACGGGCGUUCGCGAAACACCGGGUGCCCAUCAAGAAUUGGAUAUACCGACAGAUCUGUGCGAGCGUCCCACCGCUGCAUCCGGUUCUACCGGCUCUCGUGGAAGUCUACGUGAAUUCUAUCUUGAUGACGAACAACAAAACGUCGGAGCACACGAACAAGCCCAUCACCGAGAACGAGAUCCGCCAGGUGUUUCAGAACAGCGUGUUCGGGGCGAAUUUCGACUUCAAGAAGGAUCCCGUUAACGUUAUGCAGACAGACGCCGAUAGCAUGGACAUCGACGCGUCGAAACCUUCGCUUACCUCCCAGUUACUGUUGCUGUAUUAUCUCCUGCUCUACGAGGACGUAAGAUUGUCCAACAUGCACACCUUCAUGUCGCAAAGCAGAAAGGUCAAAUCGUACUCGACGGAGUUUCUGUCCGAAUUACCGAUCAAAUAUCUGUUACAAUUGGUCCAGCGAGAUCAGAUGAACUAUGCCAGCUUGUUCUCGCCGCUUCUUCGGCUGCUGGCAACACAUUUCCCUCAUCUGUCUCUGGUGGACGACUGGCUCGACGAUGAGAUGAUUAACAUAGAUUCCGCCAUCGCGAGCUACGAAAGUACCAAAAUUAGCGACAUUGCGAUCGUCGAGGCAUUUAGCCACGUCAAAACUUGCCCAUCGAGAACCGGUAGAUUAUUGAGGCAACUGAUGACGCUAAAACCGACUGAGAUCUGGCCUCACGCUGAAUUGAUAGUACAUUAUUUCAAGGAUAUUCUCGACGAGCAGGUCCCUAGAUAUAUACAAGAACUUUACAAACAAGUGUGGCUCAGACUUAAUACAGUAUUACCGCGUUGUUUGUGGGUCCUCUCCAUCAACGCAUUGCUAAUAGAAAAUUCAAUAGUGAAAAAUGUCUUUUUAACACAAGACAAUAUUGUAUUAGAUCCGUUGCAAGUAUUGAGAUGUGACACGAGAGUUUUUAGAUGCGCGCCGAUUUUAUCCGUAAUUCUGAGAAUUUUACAAGCUACGUUGGCCGCUUCGCGAUCUCAAUUAUCCAGACAUAUGCAGGAUAAGCCUCUGACUGAAAAAAUCACAGGACAGUUGACGAGCGAAACGGAAAGGGAAGAUUUGAGGAUAGCUUUGGUGGCGGGUCAAGAGAGCGCGGCGGUGCAGAUUUUAUUGGAAGCAUGCUUGGAAACGGAAGAAGACAGAAAAACUCCUGGACAAAUGUGGUCUCUUCGGGAAAUACGAAGCGUCGUAUGUUCCUACCUGCAUCAAGUAUUCAUAGCCGAUCCGUCUCUGGCCAAAUUAGUUCACUUUCAGGGUUAUCCACGAGAAUUGCUCCCGAUCACGGUUUCUGGAAUUCCAUCUAUGCACAUCUGCCUCGACUGGAUUCCUGAAUUAUUGUCGCAGCCCGAAUCAGAGAAACAAGUGUUCGCCGUUGACUUGGCUUCGCAUCUGGCGAUUCAGUACGAUCUGCCGAAGGCCCUGAGUGUUUCUCGAUUAGCAAUUAACACCCUGAUAACGCUAUUAGGCGUGUUAUCCGCCGAGGAUCGAGUCAUUCUCUUCAUGCCAGUGUUGUCGUCGUUGACGCGGAUAUGCUUGGCUUUCCCUCCAUUGGCUGAGGAUAUCACAGGAUUGUUACUGCAACUUGGCAGAGUCAGUACGGCUCAGGCAGCAUUGGGUGACAAAGCGGCGGAUUUGUUAUGUCAAGAAGUGAACAAAACGUUUUGCACGCUACUACAGAAAGCUAUAUUGCAAUCGCGAGUUUACUGAAGUGCAACUAGUUAGCUGUAGUAGAACUGUUAAUUAUCUUGAUAGUUAUAAUGUGUUAUUUGUACAUAAAUCUAUAUUACUUAUUCACCAUUGUAAAGCGACUUUUAAUUUUGUACUACUUUUUUAAUCGUAUAAUUGUCGAAAUAUCUUUGAUACAUUUUGUAGCGUUAAUAAGACUGUAUUGUUCGACCAUCCGUCAAAUGACGAGGAUAUGAUCAAGUCAAAGAUAUGUGUACCAUUAUUAAUUAGUACAGUUUUUUUAUUGUAUCAUCUUUUUUUUUUAUAUAUGGGAGUACUGCACGGUCGCGUGUGUAUUUAUUUUGAAUUUAAACAUAAGUAUGAAAGAAUUAUAUGUAUAUUGACUCAAUGUCCCUUGUCUCUUAUAGAGACAAAAGCAAUUUCUUAUAUUGAGAAAAUAAAUUAAUAUUUUCUAUCUUCUA